AUGCAGCGCGGCGCGCUGUCCCCGGUGCUGAUGCUCAGCGCUGCCCCGGAGCCUCCACCGCGCCCGCCUCCCGCCCUUUCCCCGCCGGGCCCCGGCUCAGCGCCUCGCCAUGGCUCUGCUCGGUCGGGUCCUGCCCCAGAGCCGUCUGGGGGCCUGGCCGCGGCGCUCGACAGCAGCCUGCGGGCUGCCGUGGCGUUCAAGGCGGAGGGUCAGCGUUGCUACCGAGAGAAGAAGUUCCGAGAAGCCAUUGGCAAGUACCACCGGGCACUGCUGCAGCUGAAGGCGGCUCAGGGGGCUCGCCCUGGCGGUCUGCCCGCCCCCUCCCCGGGACCCACCGCCAGCCCGGGGCCCGCCCGCCUCAGCGAGGAGCAGCGGCGCCUGGUGGAGAACACAGAGGUUGAAUGUUACGACUCCCUCACUGCUUGCCUCCUGCAGUCGGAGCUGGUGAACUAUGAGCGUGUGCGUGAGUACUGCCUCAAGGUGCUGGAGAAACAGCAGGGCAACUUCAAGGCCACCUAUCGGGCCGGCAUCGCCUUCUACCACUUGGGUGAUUAUGCGCGUGCGCUGCGCUACCUACAGGAGGCCCGCAGCAGAGAGCCCACAGACACCAAUGUUCUCCGCUACAUCCAGCUGACUCAGCUGAAGAUGAACCGCUGCAGCCUCCAGAGGGGAGACAGCAGUAGUGGCGCCGGAGGCCCAGCUCGGGAUGUUGUGGGCUGA